UGUACCUCACACACAAUCCAACAUACACCAAUGUACACACACAUAUUACACAGUGUUUUAAUAUCUAGUCUAGCUAGCAGUAACGCCACGGCCUAUAGGCUGCAUGCAUUGCGCUGUGUAAGCGUGUGCCACGGUUAGCCUUUGCCCUAGCACAGCUGCAGUCGGAGGGGAAGUCUGUCAGAAGUUAGGAAAACUUAGCCUAAAAAUCAUGAGCGAAAUAAUAGAUUUUACCCUCCCCAGGCCUGCCCCAUGGGGGUUUCGGCUAGCUGGCGGCAAGGAUUUUAAUACACCAGUGCACAUAUCAAAGACAACACCAAAUGGAAAGGCAGCGUACGCAGGGUUGCAACAGAAGGAUGUGGUGUGCGCCAUCAACGGUAAUAUUACCUCAAGUAUGACCCACUUUGAUGCCCAGGAUGCCAUUAAGGAAGUCACCGGGGACCUCAAACUUAGAGUCAGAAGAGGAGGAGGAUUUGUAGACGCCCCGACACAAUCGAAGGUAGGAAUGACCUUCGCAUCGGCCCCACCUCCAGUCCGACGCAUGGAACCUGAAGUUCUUCCACCAGCCGGUCCUCAAGUCGUCCACAAGCAGUUCAACUCCCCUGUGGGUCUCUAUUCUGCAGAUAACAUCGCCGAUGCCUUCAAGGGCCAAGUCGAAGGAAUGGGAAUCGAUGCCGGUGCCACCAAGUUUCCUGCGGCUUCUCCGAUGUCACCAAUGUCCCCCAUGUCCCCUAUGUCGCCUAUGUCACCAGGCUUCGGAGGACAAAGCUACGGGGGACAGCAGAGACAAGGCUUCGGGUCCAGCCCAACACCUUUCGGUUCCUCAGCCCAUGAACCCGCGUACUCAAGACCCAAACCCAUGGCCCAGGUGUAUUCGGGCCAGGCCCCGAGGGCCCAGUCAUACGCACCUCCAAGGCGCCCACCACCAAUCGUCAACCGUCCCAAAGCCCAGCGUGGGCCCCCACCUUCCCAGCAGAAGCCGCAGAGGGCGUUUGCGCCGAACCCAAGUCCCAAAUCAAGGUCGUUCCGUAUGCUUGAGGAGAUGACACAAGAAGAAGAAGCCAGAGAACAAUGCUACGACGAAGAAUAUGACCCCUACAUGCUUUAAAAGAAUCACAACCAUGCCUUGGAGGAGAUGCAAAUGGCCAGCAAAUCCCAGGAGUCAUCAGAGUACACCCACCGACCACGCCCAAUAGACGACUACGAGCCCUACGACGGAACGCCACGUGGUACACAAUCCAGAUCUUUCAAAAUGCUACAACAGUUGACGGCUGAAGAAGAGGCUAUGAUUGAAGACUUGUAACUUCAACUGUAUAAAAGUGCAUUAUUUUCUUGAAUACUAUUAUCAGUAAUAAAAGAUUCCCCGCGUUUGUAUUAUCUCGAUGUUCAGAAGCAGCGUUUUUGCCAAUCAGGGUUCGUGACGACACCCGAAAUAAUAUUUUAAGGUUCAUUGGACCCCUAUUUCGUGUACGGGGAGGGAGCGGAUGGAACAUCCGUAAAAAUUUGCCAUUAUUAAAGAUGGAAAUUUAGCAUUUUAAACCUGGACAUGGCUUAAAAUAUUGUGAAGGGGAUUUUGGGGUAAUCAUUCUCCAAAAAUACGAUUUCAAUGUUACUCGUACGCAUGCGGGGGAGCAGCCAAGCAUUUUUUUUUCCAUCAAUAUCAUGCCAUUUUUUAUUCGGAAAAAAUAUCAUAUUUCUGGUAGGAUGAUUCCUAAUCAAAAUCAUUAGGGGAACGUGUCCCCCCCCCCCCCCGGUCUCCAUUGAUGUCGCCUUCCUUAAUUAAGAUCUUACUUUGCCUUUACUCAGUUAUUUUGGAGUUUGUGGUGUAAACUUACCGCUCUUUCUCAAGAGGGUUUUGAUUUCGAAACUUUGCAUGGAAACAAGCUCUAGCCCGUGUAGGUCACUUUUGUUUGUUGUGUUACACGCUGAGGCGGGACGGGGGGGGGGGGGGUGGGGUCAUCUUUUUAAAAUGAUUGGUAUGAUUAUAAGCUUGCAUCUCCAUCUUUUUAAAAUGAUUGGUAUGAUUAUAAGCUUGCUUCUUCACAUGACUACAGUAACGUCAUCGAUCAGCCAACGUAAAACGAAAUUAUAAUGACCGAAAUAACCAUUCAAAUAUCUUUACAAUUUACUCAAUGAAAAAUAACUUUUUCAAGCGAUACUUUUUUAAAAUAACUGUUUUAGAUAGCGAUCCUGGGCAAAACUUCAGCCUGUUGUCAACCUAAACAAUCAAUAAAGAUGAAAAUUAGGCUUGUAUUUAUAAACAUCAUUUCAAUUUUAUAGUGUUUGUCUUGUUUUAUCUAUCUCUUCGUCUUCAUAUUUUUCCUCCCUAUACGUAAAAAAGAGAUUGGUUAAUUUGGGUCAUAAACAUAAAUAAUUAUCAUCAUUGUAUCACUCUUGCAUAUAGGAAUUAUUUAAACGAAUGUAACAUCCUUCUCUGUUGUGAAGAUGUAGUUGUGCAAUAGAGGACUAUAGCUUUGUUAAAGAAUAGUAAAUAUUCGAUUUCAUUGUUGUUGUUGUUGAUAAUGAUAAUCAUCAAGUUAUUAGGUGUUUGAUUUUGAUAGUGGGGUAUUCUUAGCGAUUGCUUUAUCAUGUUUAUGCUCAAACUAAUAGGAAAACUCGGGAAUACAAAACCUCAUCUCACGUGCCUUAUAGAUAAAUUGACCUUUUCUCCUAUUUAUGUACUAUUAUCACAAUUGUUACUGAAUACUAAAAUAUGAAAUAUCAUAUCUCCUAAUUUUGAACCAAAAUGUAUUUUGUAACGAUUUCCAAUCCACACAAGCUAUAUUUCAGUCGAUCAAAUACCUAGAUUUGAUUUGUUUCAAAGUGUACAUAAUCAUAUUCAUGACUAUACUUUUACCUUGCGCUCGAACAACUUCAUUAUUAUGUUUUUCAAAUGAAAUGAAAUUGAAAUAUUAUCACCUCAUUUUAUUUUGCUGGUUUGCUGUUUUGUGAUUCGUUACGCAGGCGUUUGGCUUUAUUUGUUGAUUAAAUUCAUAUUAUCCUGGACAUAUUUUAUCAUUUCAUGUUUUCAUCAUCCAUUCAAAUCUCUGUUCGGAGUGUUGUAAGAUAGUUAUGAAUAGAUAACGCAUUUAUCAUUAAAAAAUAAUUAUUUUACCUUGAGAAUUGGAAUACAUUUAAUUGUGAAUCGCUUAUAAGAUCAUUGUUUAUUCAAUGCAAUCCCAGCGAAAGCCAUGAAGACAAAGGAGUGGUUGAAAUUAUUUGUUUAAAAGUGGAAUUUAAAUUCAGGUUCUACUCCGCUAACGUGAAACCUGGCUAACUGUAAAUCUUAAAAGAAUGCAUUUCUUAUAAUGUAUAGUUCUAGUUAAUAGUAUAGAUAAAUAUAUGUGUGUGUGUGUUUAAGCGAUGUCUAUAUUUUUCUGUAGUAUUUAUCAUGGUGAGACUUAAACAUUGAAAAUGUAAAAUUGUCGAUUGUAUUUGUGUUAACUGUUGUAAUUUUGCUUUUGUGGGUGCUCUCUAAAAUGUCGAGAUUAAACCUUUGCCUCUUUUCAUUUUCCAUACGGUAUUAUUCUGCUUCGAGAAACCUAUGUCAAUCAACGAUUUUGACAUCACCAGAAUAAAUGAAUUAUCAUGGAUGAAAAAUAUUGUGCAUUGUCCAUGCACCUA